GCUCUCCUGCACUAAAACACUCUCACUCACCUCACUUACACGGCGCCUUCUCUCCUACUUGAACUUCCAGCGAAUUUUAUAUAUACUUUCUUUCAACUGUGUGCGAACGGCUUAUAGACCUUCAAAAUGUCAGCCAUGCCAGAUUUAACUAUGACCAUGACCCCAUUGGAUUUAAGUGGGGAGACACUAAUCUAUGGUAACUCAGAGAUGGCAGAAAAUAUCACAUCUUGUCAGGAGUGGGAGAAAGCUCAUCACCUACUCUUCCAUCUGGCCAACCUGAGUUUAGUUGUCGGCUUGCUUAUUCCCACCACUGUGGGCCUGCACAUGAUCCUCCUCAGACUUCUACUGAUGACAGGUUGCUGCUUGUUUAUAGCCUGGGCUGCUCUGUACAGAUGCACACUAGAUGUGAUGGUUUGGAAUGCCGUCUUUCUCAUAGUCAACUUCAUGCAUUUCUUCUACUUGCUGUACAAACGUAGACCAAUUAAGAUUGACCGGGAACUGAGAUCAGUGUAUAAGCGGAUGUUUGAACCCCUGCAUGUACGUGAAGCUUUGUUCCAGAGGCUCACUGGUCAGUUCUGUACCAUCCAGACCCUUAAGAAAGGCCAAGUGUAUGCUGCCGAAGACAAGACCUCAGUGGAUGAGCGCCUCAGCAUUCUUCUGAAGGGGAAAAUGAAGGUGUCAUAUCGUGGCCAUUUUCUUCACAACAUUUACACCAAUGCCUUUAUUGACUCUCCUGAGUUCAGAUCAACACAGAUGAACAAGGGAGAAAAGUUCCAGGUAACAAUCACAGCUGAGGAAAAUUGCAAAUACCUCUGCUGGUCUAGAGAAAGGCUGACUUACUUUCUGGAGUCUGACUCAUUUCUAAAUGAGAUCUUUAGGUACCUCAUUGGCAAGGACAUUACUAACAAGUUGUACUCUCUGAAUGACCCCACUCUAAGUGACAAGGCAGUGAAGAAGAUGGAGAGGCAGCCGAGCUUGUGCUCUCAGCUCUCCAUGAUGCAGAUGCGAAACAGCAUGGCCAGCACUAGUGACACAGAUGAUGUGCUUAAUCAGUUUCUGAGAAGCGGUUCAGGUGGUUCAUCAAUACAAAAAAAUCCACACGGAAAGGCCUCCACUACAAUGAAACCAAUUGAAGAAGCUUUGGAAGAUGAUGUUUUUGAAGGUGAUUCCGCUAAUGACUCCCACCACAGUCCAGAACAGGUGUAGAAAGAUAUUGCAAAUGAUCUGCAUCCUCAGCUGAUACUUGAAGGACUGCUGUGUAAAGAUGGUGUAGACUAUUACAAAUAAGAAAAUAUACCUAGUGUUAGGGUACUAUCCUACAUGUUUCCUAUGUAAUGUACAGAACAGACAGCUUGUCCAAGCGAAGACUCAUGCCAUGAAGUCAUGAUUGCAUUUGGAACUGCAUCUUAUCCUAAACUGUGCUUGUUCUGGAAGGGUGUUCUGGGAUAUCAUUGUGUUUUUACUGAGGGCAAGGGGUACAUCUAUUUUUUUUCUAAGUAUAUUAAUAUAUAUUAAACAUGUAUUUCAAAUCAAUAUUUAGCUUAUUGUCACUUUGGUAAAUAUCUCGGGUAGCAAAUGUAAACACUACGUUAAAUUUUUUUCUUAUUGCUUUCUUUUACAUAUGGUGUGCUGUUAAAUUAAAUGGAAAAACACAACUUGAGCGUUAUGUAUAUUAAUCUUUAUAAAUAACAAUGUCUCAAUAAAACUGCAGAGUGAGGCAACAUAAGCCUGUUCACCAUAUCAUCAGGACAUGAUGAGUUAAAAUCCAAUAACACCACAGCCAUUUGAGGCAGGGAGCCGAAAAGGCUAAAUUGACCAUGCAUUCUGGGUGGCAUACUUUCUCUCCCCUGUCAAACACAGUAAUCACUGGCCCUUCACAUAGACUGAGAUUCAUGUACAAGGAACAAGGCAAAUAGCACUUUUCUCCAAGUUAACUGAUUGCAGCAUGAGCAGUAGUUCAUACUGAUAUUGGCAGGCCUUACACGUCUGAGUAGAAGCACAUCUUCACCCUCCACUGAACUAUUUGGAGGUUGUUGUAUGAUAGAGUAGGCAGUGUGUUAAAGUGGCAGGUGAAUAAUUUCUGGAAAA